CACCAGUUCGGAUUGGCUCUCUCUUGUUCAGUAGUGCACUGACCCACUCCCCCAACCACCCCACCUUCCGCGCCGCCUGCAGCUCCCCUUCCACCGUAUCGAGCUCCAGCUCGCCGGCGGCUAGCCUCUACCCCUACCCGUGUACCGCGACUAGCGAGUUCCCCGGCCGUACUGAUGGCUCUGGUUCCAUCGGGCUCGGGCAGCGCGCCGGUGAUUGCCGAGGUGGAGAUGAACGGCGGCGCCGACCAGGGCGCCACCAUGGUACGAGCCACCGUCGUGCAGGCCUCCACCGUCUUCUACGACACCCCCGCCACUCUCGAUAAAGCAGAGAGAUUAAUAGCUGAGGCUGCUGGGUAUGGUUCACAGUUGGUUGUGUUCCCGGAAGCUUUUAUUGGUGGUUAUCCUCGUGGAUCCACCUUUGGCUUUGGCAUCAGUAUUAGUCUCACUAACCCAAAAGACAAGGGAAAGGGUGAAUUCCAGAAGUAUUAUGCAGCUUCCAUAGAGGUACCUGGUCCGGAGGUGACACGCUUGGCUGCUAUGGCUGGGAAAUAUAAGGUUUUUUUGGUGAUGGGGGUGAUUGAGAGGGAAGGUUACACAUUGUAUUGUUCAGUGCUCUUCUUUGAUCCUCUAGGUCGAUACCUGGGCAAGCACCGCAAGCUCAUGCCAACGGCAUUAGAACGUAUAAUAUGGGGAUUUGGAGAUGGAUCAACAAUUCCUGUUUAUGAUACUCCACUUGGAAAGAUUGGAGCUCUUAUUUGCUGGGAAAAUAAGAUGCCACUUUUAAGGACCGCUCUGUAUGGAAAAGGUAUUGAGAUAUACUGUGCUCCCACGGCUGAUUCGAGGCCAGUUUGGCAAGCUUCCAUGACACAUAUUGCCUUGGAGGGGGGAUGUUUUGUCUUGUCAGCAAACCAAUUCUGCCGCAGAAAGGACUACCCGCCGCCAUCUGAGUAUGCAUUUGCUAGUUUAGGGGAGGAGCCUUCUCCAGACACUGUUGUCUGCCCUGGAGGUAGUGUCAUCAUUUCACCAACUGGAGAAGUAUUGGCAGGCCCCAAUUAUGAUGGAGAGGCACUGAUUACAGCUGACCUCGAUCUCGGAGAAAUUGUUAGAGCCAAGUUUGAUUUUGACGUGGUGGGCCAUUACGCUCGACCUGAGGUACUGAGCUUGGUAGUGAAUGACAAACCUCAUCUCCCGGUGUCUUUCACUUCUGCUGCUGAGAAGACUUCAAUUGCGAAGAGUGAGGCCACUGCAAAGCCCUAAGGAUCAUCAAGUAUCUACAAGCAAUUGAUUUCUGUCGGUGCAUUAAUAGGCCAAUGAAAUGUAGGCUCAUACUGCCGCUGUAACUUUUGCUGCUUGUCAAACGCCUGCCAGAACAAUCUGCCGAGGUCUGUACAACAACGCAUGAUGCAUCUGAUAUCCAAAUGUUCUCACCGUUUAAUAUAAAUAAAUAAAUAUAGGCUGAGUGCAUUGUCCA